UGCACAACUAGAAGACAGAGCAAGCAGCCGAUCCCAUCUCUACAUUGGAAUUCAAUUUUCGAACAGAAAAAGAAAAGAAUAAAAAAUGAAGUUCGCCAUCUUUAUCGCAAUCGUAUUCGCUGGAAUUGUCAAUGGACAAAUCGUAAGACACGAGAAUGCCCUCACAUGGCCUGAAAAUGACCACACACUUGGGGGAGCAAUCGUGGAUUUUGUCUAUGAAGAAGUCGGCAAUGGAUCGUGUCAAGUUUCACUCCCGUCUAUGGUCAACCUUUUUCACGUUGUGAAUGGAUUUAUCGUCCCUGAGAGCAGCAGCCCCGUUGAAGGUCUUUACACGAUCAGUGCACCAACCCACUGGAGUUUAGUCAACGGCACAUUCAAAGUUCUCAUCUUGUUUGACCGUGGAUCAGCUUUUGCUCUGGAAGACAUUGUAUUUGCUUGUGAUCCUCUUGCAAUAACUGACAUCAACGUUUACUCUUUCCCUCAAAACAACUUGAUGGGAGAAGCUAGCUCAACAAUUUGCUACAGAAGAGCUUUCCACGUCGGAGAUGUUUUGACAAUCACUUUCCCAGUCCGAGUCAGAGAAUUCAAUGUAACCACCUGGAACUCCAACUACGAACUUACAACUGAAGACAACAUCACAUACACUUUGACCGGAUUUCAAGCUCCAAUCGGAAAUGAUUUUAAUACAGAGGUUUCAUUCCACCUUGUCUACGACAUGGAAGAUGGAGUCGAUAGAUGGUUUUCCGCUGGUGACAUCACCGUCUCAAUCACAAAAGCAGCCGACAGUGAAGUUAUCAUUGUCUAAAACUUCAUACAUCUCUUCCAUUGAUACGUUUAUCCCAUUCCGGAACUUGUCAUUUAGAUAUUUUCUGAUCCUAUUCUCUGAAACAGUUGCAUAUUUUGGACAAUCAAAUUUAAAUGUAAUACUAGGUGUUUCAAUAACUGAAAUUUUGAAACAUAAAUUCACUUUGAAACACCGAACUUGAUUUUAAUUCAUCAUAUGAACAUGGUGAAUGCGAGUGAAAAUAUUAUUUGCUGAAUUUUUGUACUUACUUUGAAAAUUUUCUUUGAAUUGUUGAAAUACCAUGACAAGAUUUAUUUCGUCGGUAUAUUCAUGUAAUUUGUUGUAGAAUUUGUAAGCUUACUUUUGAUAUUUUUAUACCAAUGAUGAACUAUUUUUAUACUCAAUUUGAUACGAUAUAAAUGUGAAGUAAAACGGAACUAGCAUUUGACAAUAAAUAUCUGAUUUUUACGAAAAA